AUGUUUUCGAGUGCAAAACAGUCUCUCCACCUUGGAUCGUCGCCUACGUCUGGCACGGGUGCCGUGGAGAAGACCGUGCAGACGCCUAUGCAGAAGCUCGGAAAGGCCGACCCUGCGCUGAGUGUGCCCCAAGGGUCAUUGAACAACUCAGCCGGCGAAUCGCAUCCAGGACCGCACUCCACUUUCCGCGUUGGUGUGACGGAGGAUAAGAACAAGAAAUGCAGGAGGACCAUGGAGGAUACGCAUGCGUACCUUUACAACUUCCUUAGCACGCCAGCCCCAAACUACAACCCGGAGAAGAGCCGCGGUUCGCUUUCGGAUGGGUCUAGCUCUACAGACCAACAGGUUGUGGAGACUGACAAUGGAUAUUUCGCCAUCUUCGACGGACAUGCCGGAACCUUCGCCGCAGACUGGUGCGGCAAAAAACUACACCUGCUACUUGAAGAGACUAUUCGAAGAAAUCCGAAUACGCCCAUACCGGAGCUUCUAGACCAAACGUUCACGCUCGUGGACCAGCAAUUGGAGAAGCUGCCGUUGAAGAACAGCGGGUGCACUGCCGUGAUAGCAGUGCUGAGAUGGGAGGACCGUGUGCCGAAUCAGGCUUCGUCUACCGGUUCCACCUUGUUCUCAGCUGCAGCUGUAAAGGGUGUGGCCGAGGCGGGUGACAAGCAAUCAGAGUCGACCAGUACGGCUGAAUCCACUUCGACAGCAGAAGGUGCCCAGGAACAUCUGAUAGAAGCCAAGUUGCGGAACGAUGCUAGUCGCCAGAGAGUCCUCUACACGGCAAAUGUAGGCGACGCCAGAAUAGUGCUGUGCCGCAACGGAAGGGCUCUCCGGUUGUCUUACGAUCACAAGGGCAGCGACGAUAACGAAGGCCGCCGUGUUGCCAGUGCUGGUGGUCUGAUACUCAACAACCGCGUCAAUGGAGUUCUGGCGGUCACGCGAGCAUUGGGAGAUGCAUACAUGAAGGAUCUGGUCACUGGACACCCUUACACCACAGAGACGGUGAUCCAGGCUGAUCAGGACGAAUUCUUGAUCCUCGCUUGUGAUGGACUCUGGGAUGUGUGCUCCGACCAAGAAGCUGUCGACCUUGUCCGCGGUAUCCACGACCCGCAGGUAGCCUCGAAAACCUUGGUAGAACACGCUCUUGCACGGUUCUCCACGGACAAUCUGUCAUGCAUGGUGGUUCGCUUCGACAACAAGGCCCUGAAGCAGCGCAAGACCGAGGCUCAACUUGGCGUGGAUAGAGACACGCCUGGCACGAAGCCAGGCAUCAGCGAAGCAGAUGCCAUUGUGGCACAAGCCAAGAAGGAAGUAGGAGAGCCCGAUGUGCCGGUUGAGCGUGUUGCACAGGAGAUAAUUCACGAGGAGGAAGCCGGACAGGAGGAGAAUGGUCCGGAACUGAACGCGGACGCGGUGAAGGCUGCGCGGAAAAACCCUGGAUGA